CACCUGUUGGUUUGGGGUCAAUGCUGUGCCGUGUGGAUGACGGCUGUACGGGCUUGCAGAGGUGUGGGAUGAUUAUCGACGUGCAUUUACGAUGUCCGGCCGCGCGCUCAAAUGCCGUGGCUCUUUUAUCCCUCGAUCUAGGAAAUCCUCGCUGGUGCGAAUUCGUGCGCGGUCCACUCGUUUUCCGUUCAGCCACCCGUAGACGUGGACAUACAUAUAGAUGCGUCUGCGCACGUAUAUGCGUGUUUUUGCAUCGUUGGCUCGCGUCCGCCGUCCAUGGUCGUUAAGUCCGCGCUCUCUCCGCUCGUUUCCGCCGUCCUUUUCCCGAGGCUCCAUAAAAUAGCGGGGUCGCCAUGAUUGAGCGGCAAGUAGACAGGAAUCUCGACGAGGUACAGACGCCGCUACUCGAAAACAUGGUCGUUGGAGUACCGCCGGUCUUUGAGGGGUUGACGAGAGAACUGGGUCAGUUGGUUGAGCAGCCUUUGCUCAGUCCACGAGCCGAGUUUCCGCAAGCUGUCUUCGCGUUUGCACGGAAAGAUGUCUCUGGUGACCGGAAACCACAAUGCAUUGCGCAUCGAGGAUACAAGGCAAAAUUCCCCGAGAAUACCAUGGGGGCCUUUCGUGGAGCUGUGGAGGUUGGCGCGGAAGCCAUAGAAACCGACAUACACCUAUCGAAAGACGGGGUAGUCGUAUUGUCACACGACAAGGACCUGAAGAGGUGCUUUGGGCGGAAAGAAAAGAUCAUUGACUGCGACUAUGAGUUCUUGAGCAAGUUGAAGACGCUCAAGGAGCCGCACGAGUCGAUGCCGCGUCUCUUGGAUCUGCUGCAGUACCUGGCGCAGCCCGGAUUGGAAGACAUCUGGGUGCUGCUAGACAUCAAGCUCGACAAUGAUCCGGAAGAGGUGAUGCGACUCAUCGCAAGCACGAUUCGCAGUGUCGCGCCUUCGUCCAGCCGCUCAUGGCAGUCGCGGAUUGUGCUCGGCUGCUGGGCGGCGAAGUAUCUCCCCUUGUGCUCCCACUAUCUUCCCGACUUCCCAGUCUCACAUAUCGGCUUCUCGCUUCUUUAUGCGUCGCACUUCUUUCUGGUCCCGAACGUCUCCUUCAACAUGUUGCAGGCCGUUCUGAUGACGCCAUGGGGCCGGGCCUUCGUUCGCAAAGCGCAGUGCGACAAGCGACCGGUAUUUGCUUGGACGGUGAACGAGGAGCGGCGAAUGAGAUGGGAUAUCCGGCACGGGCUCGACGGAGUUAUCACGGACGACCCAAGGAAGUUCCUGGAGGUACGGCGUGGAUGGCAUGAAGGCAUGGACGAGGGGUUCGGGCUCAUGAUGUGGCUGGACGUAUUGCGUAUCAAUUUCUUCGCGCUGAUCUUUGGGCUCCUCUUCCAGUUGAGGUUCGGCUUCAGAGACAGCAGGCCGUUGGUGCGAUCGAAGAUAGAGGCGGAGGACGGCAUAGAAAUAAUAACACUACAAGCCGGCCAAUGCGGCAACAGCGUCGGGCAGCAAUUUUGGCAGCAGCUGUGUCUCGAGCACGGCAUCAACCAGGACGGCAACCUCGAGGACUUUGCGACCGAAGGGGGCGACCGAAAGGAUGUGUUCUUCUACCAGUCUGACGACACGCGCUACAUCCCGCGAGCCAUUCUCCUAGAUCUAGAGCCAAGGGUCCUCCAGUCGAUCCAAAACAGCGCGUAUAAGAACAUCUACAAUCCCGAGAACUUCUAUAUACAUAAGGAUGGCACCGGCGCAGGAAACAAUUGGGGGGCGGGCUAUAGCAUGGGUGAACAGGUCCAGGAGGAGAUCAUGGACAUGAUCGAUCGCGAAGCCGACGGCUCCGACUCGCUGGAGGGCUUCAUGCUGCUUCAUUCCAUUGCUGGGGGCACUGGUUCGGGUCUAGGGUCUUUCAUGCUGGAAAGAUUGAAUGACAGGUUCCCAAAGAAACUGAUCCAGACGUACAGCGUAUUUCCGAACACGCAGGACGGCGAUAUCGUGGUGCAGCCGUACAACAGUCUGCUCAGCAUGAGGCGGCUGACACAAAAUGCAGACUCUGUCGUGGUCCUCGACAACGGAGCUCUCUCUCGAAUCGCAGCAGACAGACUACACGUCCAGAACCCCUCCUUCCAGCAAACCAACCAGCUCGUCUCGACCGUCAUGUCUGCUAGCACAACGACGCUCCGCUAUCCUGGAUAUAUGCACAAUGACCUCGUCGGCAUUGUUGCAUCGCUCAUCCCGACGCCACGAUGCCACUUCUUGAUGACCUCUUAUACCCCCUUCUCUGGCGAAAACGUUGAGCAAGCGAAGACUGUGCGCAAGACGACUGUCUUGGAUGUCAUGAGGCGAUUGCUGCAACCAAAGAACAGGAUGGUCUCUACAAACCCCACGAAAAAGAGCUGCUACAUGUCCAUCUUAAACAUCAUCCAAGGAGAAGCGGAUCCAACAGAUGUCCACAAAUCCCUCCUCCGUAUCCGUGAACGUCGCCUCGCAACCUUCAUCCCCUGGGGCCCAGCAUCGAUCCAGGUCGCCCUUACACGGAAAUCACCCUACGUCACAUCUUCACAUCGUGUCUCCGGUCUCAUGCUAGCUAACCAUACUGGCAUCGCCACGCUAUUCAAGCGCAUCGUAGCACAGUACUCAACGCUGAGAAAGCGUAAUGCUUUCCUCGAGAGCUACAAGCGCGAGGCUCCAUUCAGGGAUGGAUUAGGAGAGUUUGAUGAAGCAAAAGAGGUAGUACAGGGGCUUAUAGAUGAGUACCAGGAGGCAGAGGAUCCAGAUUAUCUCAGCAAAGAUGGCCUGGCGACGGAGGAAGCGGAGGACAAGCGAGUCGGUUGAUCGCACUCGCACGUUGAUGAUUUGAGGGAAAGGGACAAUCUUGGAUCUCCUGGGUCUGGCGUCGGGGCGUUACGUCUGUGGCAGUAGCCUAGUGAGGAUGCUAUCAACGAUACCACUUUUCUAUCCCUCGCUGACCGCUUUUAGAUUACGAUAUGUGCAGUCUUGAAAUUUCAAUAAUUAUUCAGCCUUUGUUUGCUUCAUCUUCC